GAUUUUAUGUUUUGGGAGGGAUGACAUUUCGUUGAUCAGUCAGCAUAAAUACGAAGAACCAAUAGUGAAUAGAUAUCAGUUCUAAACCUAUACAGUACCAAGUACACAGUCAAUAAAAUACACUAAUACGAAAUGGCUGUUAAGAUGAUCAUUUUUGCCGCCUGUGUAGCCACCACACUCGCUCAAUACGCUGCCCCAGCAUAUCCAGCGCACCACGCGUACACCCCGACCCCGUACAACUUCGAGUACAGCGUAAACGACCCACACACUUACGACGUGCACAGCCAAUCAGAGUACAGCGACGGUAAUGGUUACGUCAAGGGAACUUACAGCCUUUUGGAAGCCGACGGUUCCACCCGCGUCGUCGAAUACACCGCCGACGACCACAGUGGUUUCAACGCCGAAGUCAAGAAAAUCGAAGGACAUAGUCAAGGAUACAAGGCACCGUACAGCGCACCUGCCCCAGCCUACAAGCCAGCUUACUCCGCACCCGCAUACUCUGUCAAAGCCUACAGACCAACCCCAUACAAGGCAUACUAAUAUUGUCAAACUUUUCAUCCAAAACCUUGUUUAAAUCGUAUUAAGUCAAGAAACAUCUCAAAAAUCACAAAUACUUGACUACUUGCUUAUACAAUUAUGUUGUAAUUUAUUUUUUAUUUAAAUAAAUACUAAAUUUAAUAAU